UUUGACAAUUUUUUUUUUAUCUGUGCUGUGUGCUAGCAAAGUGUCGGGCAUGGUGUGAUAUCAAAAUAUUAUUUUUAUAAAAUACUAAAUAAUAUAUUGUAAUGACGAUAUUUCACGACGAAAUAGAAAUCGAGGACUUCGAUUAUGACGAGGAAGAAGAGAUGUAUUAUUACCCGUGCCCGUGUGGUGACAGGUUCCAAAUAAGCAAGGAGGAGUUGAUGGCGGGCGAGGAAGUAGCUACAUGUCCGAGUUGUUCCUUGGUAGUCAAAGUGAUUUAUGAUUUGGAAAAAUUCAAAGCGGAAGCAGAGGAAUUACAUACAGAGGAGGGUGACAAAGAAGCUGUGAAGGCUUAGAGGAACAAAUAACAAUCCAUGUGUGACUUGUGACACACUAUGAGGUGAUAAUGUUCUCUAAACUGGCUCAUGGGCACCAGCCGAGAGGAACCUACAUCAAGAACCAAGUUCAAAGAUGUGUUACUGUGAUUUAAUUAAGUAAUAAAGUCAAUAAUCAUGA